CUUCUUCCUUCUCGUCCGGGGCGUCAGAAAGAAAAUCAUUCUCCUCCUCGUACUCUAAGAAAGUAUCUGUGACGAUCCUUCAAAGUAUCGGCAUUACCGUAGUGGUGCGACCGGGAGAAAAGGCAGCGAUCAACAUGUUCUUGGAAAAGGACAUCUACGUCAUCAAAUGGAGAGCGCAGUUCUUUGCUGCUGGCUACGUCAGAGUCAAGUGGUGUAACCGGUGGGCAACGCUUCACAUCAGCCAGCUAUUAGACCAGCGAGAACGCGAGUUCUUCGCUUUCGGGACAAUAAAAUAUCACGACCGCUACCAGUGGGUUGCCAAGGUGACCGUCUACGAUAAGCACGGAAACCUGCUCGGCAGCCCUCCCCAGACGCUUUUGCCGAACGCUCCGCCGCCGCGUCUCAGCACUAGCGACCUCGUGGUUCCAUCUAUUAACCGUGGAAAUAAGCCGAGCGUGGGGAAGAAACGGUGGUGGAACCAGAGCUCUCGGAAAGAACGCCGUGAUAAAUUGUAUAGCUCUCCUGCGAGAGUGUUGCCCACAUCAAACACGCAUCGAAGGAAACAAGACCGCCGCGGUCCUGUUAUAAAGGAAUUGAACGUCUCCUAGUCGCGAUGUCUGCUCCGCACUAUAAUCUAUUAUUGUGUUUGUAGAUAAUAAGCGAUGGGCGCGAUGGGCGCGUUGCGAUCCGAACAUCGGGUCUCUGGAGUGUGUCAUGACGCCAACGAGCGGCUUGCUCUCAGAAAAUCUGCUCAAAACUCAUUUAAUACGUUUACAUCAUGUUUGAGAUAUAAUUGGUAUAUAUCAUAGCUGUUUAGUAGAAGUUACUGUAAGAAAGUACGAUUUAUAAUUAACUUAUAUCGCCGCACAAAAGAACAUUUUAAUAUUUUAUUUAAAUAGCAAUAUUCCACGAGGGACCGUUAUCAUCUGUUGAUGUGUAUAAUUCAUUGUAUCAUUUGCUUCAUAAAAAAAUUUAAUGAUCUAUUCUA